CGAGUAUUCGAGUAUUCGCACGCGCCUCACGAGACAAUCAACCGGAUUAUCAGAGCCUCGAAAGUCUGCGAUAUUACGACGACUUACUGAAACGCGACUUCAGACUUCGAAAAGUGCGGUUGAUCAGUUAGCUGCUCGAGUCCACGAAGCGACACAUGGUUGUGUGCCCCCAGCUACAAUAACCAUGCAGGACCCAUACACAGGACAACAACCUGCGGCGCCACCAAAGCAAUACGACGGUAAAAAUGGCAUGCCGAAAUAUGACGAGAAAAAUGGGGGUCAUUACGGCGCGAGUGCCGUCAUCGCUACCAGUGGCCAUGCACCUGCACAAGAGACGUUCACCGGCCAUUGGACGAACGUUUCACAAGGAUUAAGUGGGCCCUAUCGUGACAUUUUAAACACAUAUUGGCAGAACCAGGUGUGGAAAUUAGAGCAAGAGGAACAUGACUACAAGUUGCAUCAACUUCCUCUGGCGAGAAUCAAGAAGGUCAUGAAGGCAGAUCCCGACGUCAAAAUGAUCUCUGCAGAGGCACCAAUCCUCUUCGCAAAAGGCUGCGAUGUCUUCAUUACAGAAUUGACCAUGCGGGCUUGGAUUCACGCCGAAGAGAACAAGCGCCGUACACUCCAGCGAAGUGACAUUGCCUCUGCGCUUGCAAAAUCAGACAUGUUCGACUUCCUCAUCGACAUUGUACCGCGUGAGGAUGCCACUCCCUCACACAAGCGAAGGCCAGAGUACAACGCCGCGGGCGCGUACACCGUCCCAGAAGCAGCACAAGGCGGCGUCGAGGCUGGUGGCAUGGGUGCAGCGCCGGACUACAGCGCCGGUGUCGACCAAACCCACCUACCGUCACAUGCGCAGUACCAGCAACAAAUGGGAGCAUAUCCACCACAGCAACAGCAUGCACCACCACCUCCGCCGGGCGCAUACGCGGGACAGCCUAUGUUCGAUCCGAACAUGUAUUCUGGAGGAGGAGGAUACCCCAUGGCACCGAUGCAGGGAAUGCCGCAACAGAAUCAGUCUUAGUGUAAUAUGUUUCAUGUCGUGUCAUUGCCAUCGCCGAUGCCCAUGCCGCUCCCGAUAACCUUCCACGGAGCUCGGCUCAGAUUCAUAUCACCGCAAGACGGCGGCAAGAAUGACGACCAAUCCUCCCAAGGACAGUGAAGCACAUCCCUAGAGGUCUUCGAUAGUGUCUGACAGUGUUCAUGUCUGACUUUUGUGGUCAUUUCAUUGGCAGAGGAGCACUGAAAGCCAGGACAGAACCGAGAAGCUAUUC